AUGGAAAAAAUUGAAUAUCGUGCAGUGAUAAAAUUCUUAUUUUUGGAAGGUGUAGCACCAAAAGAAAUUCAUGAACGAUUGUUAAAAGUGUAUAAGGAUUCUUCACCUUCAAUUAGAACAGUAGAAAGAUGGGUUGCUGAAUUUAAACGUGGUCGUAUAAGUCUUGAAGACAAUCCACGUGAAGGACGUCCAAAAAGUGCAUCAACACCAGAAAUCGUAGCAAAAAUACAGGAUAUGGUUUUGGAAGAUCGUCGAUUAACCGAGAGAGAUUUAGUAGAAGCCCUAGGCAUCUCAUUAGGCAGUGUAAGCAAUAUUUUGGCUGACGUUUUGGGUUUCAGAAAACUGUGUGCACAAUGGGUGCCGCAUUCGCUAACAAUGGAACAAAAACACAUUCGAAUGCGACUUUCUCAGCAACAUUUAGAGCGUUUUAGAAAGAAUAAAAAGGAUUUUGUGCGUCGUUUCAUCACUAUGGAUGAGACUUGGGUCUACCACUAUGAUCCUGAAUCAAAACAAGAGGCUAAGGAGUGA